CAUUUGAGAUUAACCAACAGUGAGAAAAGCAGCAAUUGCCACUACACUGGAAUUUUCAGUCUUAAUAGGCGUUGACCCAGUUGACGGAAGGGACAAAGGGAAACAAACCUCUCCUGCAGUCCUCACCUAUGUCUCUCGUUCCCUCAAUCUCGACGCCGCGCGGUGAUGGUCAUCGGGUCCGACCUUGGGAAAGUGAAGGGUAAUCCCUUGCUUCCUCCUUGUGCACCCAAGGGAGUGAACCAUGAAGAUUUCUUUAGAGAAUGUCGACCACCUGCUUGUUAUUUUGUCGCAAAGGACUAUGGUCAUCUGGAUGUGUUGGAUGAUGAUACUAAAGGGAUUAGAGGGAUAGUUAGUUACUGUUUGUGCAAGAAUGGGAAGUCAACAGAGUCGAUGAGGAAAUUUGCGGGAGGAAUUGUUGUUGCUUUCAUGAAAGUGAUUUGAUUGCUGUAAGAGAUGGGGUUGAAACUCCACCUGUGGAGCUCCAAACUAUUGAAUUUCUUCCGUGAUGCUUAUAUAAUGCCAGUUCUGAGGUAGCUAUUCAGCGUGGAAGAUUGUUAGAUAUGGCCAAUGUUGCAGGGAUUCGUGAGCGUUAGAAGAGCUCAAUUGAAUUCGUGGAAGCUUAUGUUUGUUUUUAUAAAUGUUGUACGACUAU